AUGUGGCAGACAGUUUAUCUAGGAAAAAAAAAUGGCAGACUGGCAUCUGUCGGACAGAAUAUCCAAUAUAAUAUUCCAAAAAUAGGGAACCCCAGAAAUCAACCUAUUCACCACGGAAGCGUCGAAAAUAGUUCCAGUCUAUGCCUCGCGGGAUGUGAACGACAAGGAAGCCCUCUUUAUAGACGCAUUCAGCAGGAUAUGGGGAUACAGGUUAGCUUGGCUGUUCCCACCACCAUCUCUGAGUCCACGAGUCCUGUCACAUUUGAACAAAGCAAAGGGAACCUUCAUUCUGAUAGCACCACGCUGGCAAAAAGUCUUCUGGAGAGCGGAUCUGAAAUCCAGAGCAAUAGGCCGACCCUUCCAAAUUCGGAAUCUUCAACAUCACAGCUCUUGGAAAACAUGAACUGA